GUAUGGAAAUGGUGUAUGGAAUCCUUCUUUUAGGGAAAACUAUAAUCUCAUUGAUGCUACACCUAGAUAUACAGUGCAGGUGUAUCCAUAUUCUUGGACAGCUAUAUUGGUGUCUCUGGACAAUAAGGGAAUGUGGAACUUAAGGUCAGCAAUUUGGCCAAGGAAAUAUCUAGGACAACAAGUGUACCUUAGAGUGUGGAACAGUGAGCACAGCCUGUUGACUGAGUUUGACUUGCCACCUGGCACUUUGUUUUGUGGAUUGGCAAACAAUCAACAGUUUAGGUGCAGUACACCCGCUUGCAGCUCUUCAUUAAAAGUUUGAUUGUCAGCAGAAACGUUGGACAAAUAUUUGUGGUUUUUUGUACUUAUAUAGUUGUCUUUCGA